AUGGUCAAAGCAUUAACAUUCAAAGGCGACAAGAAGACGAAGAAGCGGAAGCGAGUCGAUGUCGCCGAGAAAUUCGGAGAGGAUGAAGGUUCGACUUCGAAGGAGGUAGCAAAGACGGAGAAGGAGGACCCCUCAGUCGACGAUGAUAGCUGGGUUACGGCAGAAGCUGUAGGAGAUGUAGUAGGACCUAUUGUUAUCGUCAUGCCCUCUGAACCACCAACUUGCAUAGCAUGCGACACGAAUGGCAAGGUCUUUCCAAGCCUGCUGGAGAACGUCGUCGACGGCAAUCCCGCGACUGCGGAACCACAUGAUGUAAGGCAAGUUUGGGUUGCGAACAAGGUGGCAGGGACAGAGACGUUUAGCUUCAAAGGUCAUCAUGGAAGGUAUUUGAGCUGCGACAAGUUCGGCCAGCUAUCUGCCAAUACAGAAGCCGUUUCUCCCCUCGAAUCAUUCCUCACAAUACCCACAGCCGAUGCACCUGGGACUUUUCAGAUACAGACCCUGCGCGACACAUUCUUGACCAUCAAGCCAUCGACGUCUUCAAAAGCCAACGCUCUGCCCGAGAUCCGUGGUGACGCGGAAAGCAUUACAUUCAAUACUACAUUCCGAAUACGAAUGCAAGCAAGAUUCAAGCCAAAACUCAAGGCAUCAAAGGAGGAGAAAGCGAGUCAAAAGAUCAGCAGGAAGGAACUCGAAGAAGCUGUCGGGAGGAGGUUAGACGAUGGCGAAGUUAGAAGGUUAAAGAAAGCUAGGAGAGAAGGUGAUUAUCAUGAAGCACUGUUGCUCAUAAAGGUCAAGAAUAAGCAUGAUAAGUAUAGUUGA